AUGGAUGCAGCAGAAGAGCUACCGUAUGUCAGAUUCGUGGCAUUUAUCCGGUCUUUUUCUAAUGCCAGUGACGACGAGGUGUCUCUUAGGUGGCGCUUUGGCCAGCUCCGCCUGUCACGACUGCACUGGGCUGUACGCAUCUUUCAACCUGCGGCCGCGACGAGAAGGAAGUUCCCGAACGGACUCUUCUAUGAAGAGCAGUUUUGGCAAAUAAGCGAUUUUCUGAAAGAAUUUGGCGCCCCCCUCCUGUUCGUGUUCGCAGCACUGUCUCUGAUUCUCUCGGCGAUGCAGGUGGUGCUGGCAGUCAAGUCUGGCUACAAUGAGGGGGGAUGGCGAGUUGUCUCAGAGGUCAGCGCGUGGUUCGCGGCUAUGGUCAUCGUCGCGGUUGUGAUCAUCUUUGUUGGCAUCGUAUUGAUCGGGCUUGGCGUCUGGCUGUGGCAAUUUCAGUUUGGAUACCGAUCAUGGAGGAGAAGUCGUGCAGCUGACGAGCAGAAUGUGGGUGGCUUUAGAAACGGCUAG